AUGCCCAACGCAGCUAAUACUGGCCCUGGUUACCCAGAGGGCUAUCAAUCCGCGAGCGGAGACCUCGCUACCAUCAUCAACAACAGCGUCGCGACAGGCUUUUUCAAGUGGGGUUUCGUGAUUCUGCGAGGCGUGUACGACAACGAUGACGAGUGGCAGACUUUUCUCAACCUCUUCAAGGCAGCGAUCGCUGACGAGCUCCACGACUCGAAGCUAGAAGACCAGCUCGGCCCUCAUCUCGAAUGGACAGUUAUUGAGGAUCGCACGGCUCUGAAGAGUGCGUCCAAGGCUACUGUGCGGACGCGAUUCCUCGCGUGGGUGGAGGAACAGAAACGCGAUGGUGAAAUAGCGGACAGGCCUUGGGCUGCAGGUUAUCUCCCUCGGUACAAGUUCUGUCUAUACGUCUAG